UGUGAAAGGGAGUCCAAAAAUGGAUUUGUGGUUUGUUGCAGCAGCAGCUGCUGCGGGAUAUUUAGCCAAGUAUUGGCAGAAUGCUUCCAGGGAUCGGGAUAGGGAUAGGGAUAGCUUGUCAAAGUUGUCUUCAAAAGGUUCCAACCUUGAAAAACCUGAGUCUCCUAGCUGCCCCUUUCGCAAAUUGGCACGGAGGAAAAAUCUAGACAAAGAUGUUUUUAUGGAUAGGAAAAAGGUUUUGGCAUCAGAUGGUGUUUCAGAUGCCGAAGUGGAUUCUGCUAAAAUAAAUACUCACUCCUUUCAUGAUUCUGCAAGGCACGUAAGCUCUCUUAGAAAUAAACACUCACAUCAGCAUUUUGUCAAACCUCUAAAUUCCCUUGAAAGUUGCCUUAUGGCUCAGCUAUACCCUAAACAUAUGAAAAUGGAAGAGUAUGUUCCUGGUCCCCUUUCAUCACCAUCCUUGGCAACUGUUAGGCCAUUGUUUGUAACUGAUGGAAGCCGAAUAAUUAGCAGAGCAAGCAGUGAAUUUGGUGCUGCAAGGUUUAGGAUUGAAAAUAGUAAGCUGCAAAAGGAAGCCUAUUCAGGAAAUAAUGAAAAUGUAGUGGGAGCUCCUCCGCUACCCCAAAUCGGGUCGUUGGAUGUUCCUACGAAGAUGAAGUUUAAAUCGGUACUUAUGUUUUCCUCUUCUUUUUUAANGUUGAACGUUCCUAAGAAGAUGAAGUUUAAGUCGGUAGAAGGCCGUGUUGGAAAAUCGAGCAGUUCCAGUAAGUAUACUGAUGGAUCACUAUUUCGCUCUCAAGGUUCACAUGAUGGAACACUUCUCUUUUGUCUUGGAAUUUCCAUUGGUGUAAUAUCCUCUUUUUUAACAAGUAGAAGAGAAGUAGAAAAAUUGAAGGAGUUGUUGAGGCAGACAGAGAACUUGGUCCAAGAUCUACAAGAGGAACUUGAGAUGAAAGAUUCAUUGACUGUGAAGGAGCUAGCUAAUGAGAAUUAUGAAUCACCAGGUACAUGUAACAAUUCUUUUCAUGAGAGCAUGCCAAAUACUUCUUGCCCAGAACAACAUUUGGAUAUAAAGCAUGACGAUAAAGAAUUGUGUGAUAAGAAAGCCGGUGAGGGGACAGAAUCUAUGAGUAAUAUUGAAGCGGAGCUUGAAGCUGAGCUCAAGAGGAUGGAACUAAAUAUGAAAUCAUCUAGCUUGGAGAGAAGAUUGAGCGAUUGUGUUGAGCUUGACCCAGACUUUGAAGCAGAUUUUGCUCAAGGUGAAUUGAGAGCUGACAUGAUCAAUAAGCAAUUUGCUGAUCAACCUGAGUCUGAUAAAGACGCAAGUGGAACCUCCACAAAUCACUCUGCCAAUUAUGGAGUCUCACCCCGGGAGCUGAGCUUGUGUCUGCAUGAAGUAAUUCAAUCAAGAUUGGAAGACCGUGUGAAGGAGCUUGAGGCAGCCCUUGAGAACAGCCACAGGAAGCUUGAACGCUUGGAAUCGGAGGAAAAGAAUUGUUGGAGGAAGUUCUCUAGCUCUGAACUUAGAUAUUCUUCCGAUGAAGAAAGUCCUAUUUUUAAUGAAGAACACAAUUCCAUGGCUGAACCUCUAGUUAUGAAUUUAUCAGGGGAAGCUCUCAAUGCAUACAAUGAGGCUUAUGAAGAACUAAUGAAGAUAAAUGAGUCAGAAGAAGAGGAUUCACCAUCAGGGUUUUACGAAAUGAACCGUCAAAAUGGUGGGGUAAAUGGUUCCUUGCCACAUCAUACACACAAUAUAGAGAAAAUAUCAAAAGAAUUCAAUUAUAGUCAGGUAAAAGCAUCAGAAGAGCAGGGCUUGAGCGUUGAAGAAUCACUUGAUGUUGGUCUAAGUGGUAGUGAUGACAGUGAUUUUGAUGAUGAGAUGGAGAAGCAACUGAUAAAACAGAUAGUUGAGAAAACCAGGAAAGGUUCUCCUGCACUGCUGAACGCUCAAAAAUGGUUAUUUUUUAUGGAUAAAGAUGAGCAUUGAAUUGAAUUGAGACAAGAAAUUUUUGUAGUGUAUAGACAAUCAUAAUCCAACCAAUCAAUUGUUGAUUCUGACUUGUACUACCAAACCUUAAUACAAUACCAGUGUUCUUACUGAUAA